CCCCUGUCUCUCUCUCCUCCCUCAGUCCCCUUUCUCUCUCACUACCCCCAAAGCAGCAGCAGCAGCAGCAGCAAACACGAAGCAAGCAGCGGGAGCCAAUUCCCCAAAUCGGCCCUCCCAAAUGCGACUCCUCGCCUGAGGAAGCCCCUCCUAACUACCUCCUACUGCUCGCCGCCUCCAUGUCACGGCCGGCGGUGGACCCGCCGGAGUGGCUGCGCACCCUUCCCGUGGCGCCGGAGUACCGCCCCACCGCUGCCGAGUUCGCCGACCCCAUCGGCUACAUCCUCAAGAUCGAGCCCGAGGCCUCCCGCUACGGCAUCUGCAAGAUCGUGCCCCCGCUCCCGUCGCCGCCGUUCGAGGCCACGCUCGAGCGCCUCAGGGCCUCCUUCGCUGCCAAUGCGGUUGCCGCCGGCGACGCGACCCGGGGCCCCACCUUCCCGACGCGGCUUCAGCAGGUGGGCCUCUCCACCAAGAACCGCCGCGCCGCGAACCGCCGCGUCUGGGAGAGCGGCGAGAGCUACACCCUCGAGGCCUUCCGCGCCAAGGCGCGCGACUUCGAGCUCCCGAGGCACGCGGCGCCGCCCAAUAGCGCGACGCCGCUGCAGCUGGAGGCGCUCUUCUGGGGCGCCUGCGCCGCGAAGCCGUUCAACGUCGAGUACGGCAACGACAUGCCGGGCUCCGGCUUCGCCGCGCCGGAGGAGCUUGAGAUGGAGCCGCGCGCCGGCGGUAAUGCGGCCUUGGCGGCGAGGGACGUCGGGGAGACGGAGUGGAACAUGCGGCUGGCGCCGCGCGCGCAGGGCUCGCUGCUGCGGGCGAUGGGCCGGGACGUGGCCGGCGUUACGACGCCGAUGCUGUACGUGGCGAUGCUCUAUAGCUGGUUCGCGUGGCACGUGGAGGACCACGAACUGCACAGCCUCAACUACCUCCACUUCGGCAAGGCCAAAACCUGGUACGGCGUGCCCCGCGAUGCCAUACUCGCCUUCGAGGACGCCGUCCGUGUGCACGGCUAUGCCGACGAUCUCAACGCGAUCAUGGCUUUUCAAACACUAAAUGAGAAGACAACUGUCUUGUCUCCUGAAGUGCUUCUUUCUGCUGGAGUUCCUUGCUGCAGAUUGGUUCAAAACCCUGGAGAAUUUAUUAUCACGUUCCCUGGAGCUUAUCAUUCUGGUUUUAGCCAUGGAUUUAAUUGUGGAGAAGCAACAAAUAUUGCAACACCUCGCUGGUUGCAAGUGGCUAAAGAAGCUGCAAUCAGGAGGGCUUCCACAAAUUGUGGUCCGAUGGUGUCUCAUUAUCAGCUGCUUUAUGAGCUAGCACUGUCAUUAUGUUCUAGGGAACCUAAGAAUUUCCAUAGUGUACCAAGAAGCUCUCGUCUAAGGGACAAGAAGAAAAAUGAAGGUGAAAUAAUGGUUAAAGAAACAUUUGUUGGAAGUGUGAUUGAAAACAACAAUUUUCUUAGCAUCCUUCUUGGUCAAAGUUCUUGUAUAAUUAUCCCAGAGAUCGCAUUUCCCCUUCCGUCCUUUCCAACGAUGAUGGCACCUGAAGUCACAGUUAAACAAGGCUUGAUUCAUGGUCCCUGUGGUAUUAGCCAUCAAAAAGCAGAAGAUAUGCUUGUUGAUGGUGAUACGAUAGACAAAAUCAAAGGGGUUGAGGACAUGAGUGAGUCUCAAUCAACUAGUGCAACCACUUCCUCUUCAUGUAACAGAAGGAAGCUCUACGAAACAAAAUUUGGAAAAGUUAAUAGUGCUGCUUUCUGCUUAGCAACUUCAGAGAUUCAGAAUGGAGUAAUUGAAAAAGGUAGAUCACAUCAAGGAGGCGGGCUCUUAGACCAAGGGCGGCUGCCAUGUGUUCAGUGUGGCAUAUUAAGCUUUGCUUGUGUAGCCAUCAUUCAACCUAAAGAAGCAGCAGUCCAGUUUGUCAUUUCUAGGGGGUCUAUCUCAUCAAGUGCGAAACAUGGAGAAAUUAUGAAAUCAGAUGAUAUCUCAAACUGGAUAGCAGAAAAUCGUGAGAUAGUUCCUCCACAAGGACAUGCUUCUGGAACAGAUGAUAAUAUAAUAUGUAGCAUAAGUUCAGCCCAAGUGCCUGAUUGGUAUAGACAGCUAUACAGCAGCAGCACCCAUGGAUGCACAUCAGCUCUUGGGCUUCUGGCUUCUGCUUAUGAUUCAUCAGAAUCUGAUGAGGAAGCACCUGACAAUAUAUCAAACGACAGUGAAAACAAUGAUGCAGCAAAAGGAGUUGCAAAUAUUGAGUCCUCGGAAACAUCAGUUCAGCUUCAGAAGACAAAUUUGCACUUGUAUGAAGUGGAAUGUGGAGCCAAAACGACAGCAUCUCUGAUGAAACCAGUAGAGAAUAAGAGUAUGACACUGACUCAGGCGAGUAGGGAAACAUAUAUCAGCCAUCUUGCAGGGCUGGGAGAGCCACUUACUUCCUACGAGGAGUGGUCUGCGUAUCUGGAUUUGGAUGAUGAUCUGACUGCAUCAGGCGUAAAAGCCUCUUCAGAUACAAGUUUGAGAACAGCUAAAGGCUCAAUGGGACAAGAUGCGCUGGCCAUGCUCAAGUACAACAAAGAUUCCUGCAGAAUGCAUGUAUUUUGUCUAGAACAUGCUUUGGAGACAUGGACACAACUUCAACAAAUUGGUGGUGCUAAUAUCAUGCUUUUGUGCCAUCCAGAAUACCCUAGAGCAGAGUCGGCAGCAAAAGUCAUAACAGAAGAACUUGGUAUGAAUCAUGCUUGGAAAGAUAUCACUUUCAAAGAAGCAACAGAUGAAGACAUUGGAAGGAUUCAGUUGGCUCUGCAUGACGAAGAUGCUGAACCCACAAGCAGUGACUGGGCAGUAAAAAUGGGUAUCAACAUAUAUUACAGUGCCAAACAGAGCAAAUCUCCACUUUACAGCAAGCAGGUACCAUACAAUUCCAUUAUUUACAAGGCAUUUGGCCUAGAAAAUCCAGACAGCUGGACAGAUGAUGAAGGACAACGAUCAGGCACAAGAAAGAAAAAGGUGGCUGGAUGGUGGUGUGGAAAAGUUUGGAUGUCAAACCAAGUUCAUCCACUUUUAGCCCUUGGGCAUGAAGAACAGAACCAUGACAUGGUUUACAGCAAAACAAUGUUCUGUACUAAUUCCUAUGACAAAAUACAAGAACCAUCGACAAGAUCUGCUACCUUGAUCAACCAAAGCUUAUCAAAAAGAACGUCUGGAAGAAAAGAGGGGGACUCUGUUGAGAAAUCUAGAGCCAAAAAGAAGAGAUGCACUGCUUCUGAUGAAGCCACUUUUCACUGCAGUGGCAUUGGGAUGAUAUCUGAAGCCACCCAUGACCAGCCUAGAAAUUUCGAUGAUCAUGUCAAACACGAAGAUGGAGAUGAAAGUGAGGAAGCAUCGAACACUCAGCAACAUCAACAACAUGAAUUUCAAAGUAUGAACAUAAAAACAAGUUCUAAGUGGCGAAAGGAUGAUAAAAGAAACAACAAAUUUCAUGAGCUACAGGAUGAAAAGGAUGACAUUGACUGCAGGCUUGACAUAGAUAGCAUAGAAAACACCACAAUAGGUGACUGGGAUAACAGUACACAACAAGGACUUGGCGUUGUAAAAGUGAAAUCUGGUGUUAAAUUGCAAGGUAGUAAUAGAAAACCCAGCAAAUGCAAGGCAAAUGAUGAUUUGUUGAUUGUAGACAAGAAACUGCAAAAGAUGGGCAAGAAAGCAAGUACUACGAAGCAAAAGAAUGAUAAGACAAAUAGGCAGUUUCGAGAAAAUCACAGUGAAGAUAAUAAUGUGGUGCUUCAUGAAGAUAAUGGAUAUGAAGCCACACAAGACAACUGGGAUAAAAUUCCAAAAGAAAAAACCGAUGAUGUGAAAGCAAAAUAUAGAGGCAAAAUGCAAAGUGUUAAGAGAAAAAACAGCAAAGAAGGGUGCGAUAGAGGAGAUGAAGCCACAAUAGACAACUGGGAUGAAAUUCCAAAAGAAAAAACUGAUGAUAUCAAAGUGAAAUCUGACGGCAAGAUGCGAAGUGUUAAGAAAAAAGCCAGCAAACGUCAGUCAAAUGAUGGUUUGCGCAAUGGAGAUAAAGGAGUAAAAUUUUCUUGUGAUAUAGAAGGGUGCGACAUGAGCUUCAGCACCCAGCAGGACUUAUUGUUGCACAAGCGAGACAUUUGUCCUGUAAAAGGAUGCAAGAAGAAGUUCUUCUGCCAUAAAUACUUGCUUCAGCACCGCAAAGUGCAUUUGGAUGAAAGGCCACUGAUGUGUACAUGGGCAGGCUGCAAGAAGACAUUCAAGUGGCCAUGGGCGAGGACAGAGCACAUGAGGGUGCAUACGGGGGUGCGACCGUACGCAUGCACAGAACCUGGCUGCACCCAGACAUUCCGGUUUGUGUCGGACUUCAGCCGUCACAAGAGAAAGACUGGCCAUUCCUGUGAUAAGAAAAGGAAGAAGAGUACAUAAUUUCUAACCGCUAUGCACAAGUACAGGUUUCUUCUCUGACAAUGAUUUGAAGGGGAUGCUAAACGAAUAAUUGCAUCAGAUUCUAUUAAUUGCGGAAUUAGUCCACAUAAGGUGUAAUUCAUUUCAUUGCUUACCGCCUCUGCAUAACAGCCAAUUUUUCUAUUGCUUUAGGUCCAACUGACCUGUUGUUGACUGGGAUUAUUCCAAGUCAAUUGUAUCGUUCAUUCGUUUAUCCAGAGAAAUUGGAAAUUUGCUCGGUCAGCAUGAUUAAAAUUAGUGUACUUCUCUUGUCA